AUGAUACCUCACCGCAGUACGGCCCUUCUUACGAUCAUCGUCUUCGUCGCUCUUCUCUUGGUGAUCUUCUCGACGUCUCCGAGCUCAGUGGACUCGGCGUCGGGGGAAGAAAAGGUCUCUAGUGUGGCCGACUAUGUCCGGCACCCAAAGCUUCCGUCUCUAAACGAUUUCCAUUUGCCCUCGUUUCGUCCUACCGUGCAUACGCCGCCCGAGUUGCAACCGAACAGCACCAGUGGGGAAUCAAAAUGGUUUACCGACUGGGCGUGGCUCAAUCCAUUUUCCUCCGCGAUUACACUGGACGAGAACCGCUCCGUACUCCCUCCGUUGCGGCAGCGGCCGUUUAUAUACACGUACUAUGAACCCAAUAAGGGGAAUGAUAAGAAUGAGGAGAACGCGGAUGCUCAGCUGCUUCUUGCCUGGCGCCGAGCCUGGUUUGCUCAGGGGUUCCGCCCGAUCAUCCUGGGGCCCGGGGAGGCGAUGAACAACCAACUGUACGAGCUUGUGCAGCCGUUGAAGCUUCACCAGGAUUUGGAAGUGGAACUGUUCCGAUGGCUCGCCUGGGGCCACAUGGGUGAUGGCUUGCUGGCGGAUUGGCGCUGUUUCCCCAUGGCGAGAUAUGACGACCCUUUGCUUUCGUCCCUGCGCUUGGGUACCGACCCGGCCUUCAUUACGAGAUUCGACCGCAUCAACAGCGCACUCUUCGCGGGAGAGAAAUCGCGCAUCAACGAAGCGAUCAAGGAAGCAAUGAAAAAGAUUGACGAAAACUCCAAAUCAAUGCUGGACUUGGUGCCUGGUGAGUUCUUCAGGAACGAACAGUCCAACUCGUUGGCCUUCUACGACUCUACGACCGUCACGACCAACUUUCCCGCAUUGGCCGAGCAAAGCGUCAAAUCCGCCACCGCUGGCCGACUUGGCUUGGUUGAUUUGAUCAAUUCCCAUCUGCACAGCGCAUUUCAAAAUUCGUUCCCCGCCGGUCUCGCCGUUCUAAAACCCUUCCCGGAACACACAACCGCUCUCGUCGAACCGUCGCUGCGACUUGCCAAAGCCCUCGCUCAAUGCCCAAAAUCCCCCGUGCCCUCCUCGUGCCCUCCCAACCUGCUGAAAUGCCACCCCUGCGAGUCGGCGAAGCCCAUGCAGGUUAGCCAACCGGCAACUUAUCGCAAUACGACCCGUGUCUUCACUAUUGGAACCCUCCCUCAUCCGUAUACGCUCAUCAGUUUGCAGCAGAAUUCUGCGGAGGUUACGACCCGACACGUUCGCCGUGAGACGGAGCGCGAUAAUUGGUUGAAGGCGGUCACCAAGGAUCAGCUGGGACUUGAGCUGGGUGGAUCGUCGCGAGCCGUCGUGUUCAAGAAGGCCGUCGCCGACGACGGAGUUAUCGGAACGUCAUUGUGGAUGACGGUUGAAUCAAUCCCCCCGGAGGCUGGUCAGGCUCUCCCCACCGAACUCUUGGACGAGUUGGAGUGGCAAUUUGGGUUUAAAAUCCCCCGGACAGGAAAAGUGGAUGCGAAGCACGAAGGCGACACCAAGGAGUCUAUCCAACAUGCCAAUCCCAGCCUGGAGGGUGUCGACAAGGAAUACGAUCUUCUCAGGGCUGCGCGGGAGAUCUUAAAAAGCAAGGAGACCAAUCGGAUUAACAUCAAAGACGUGGCGGAAGCAUGGAACCUGGCAGAUACCGAAGUGUGGCGGUUUGUGAGGGCGUACCGGGCACGCAGCAUCGUCGAACGGAAGAAAUGGGAGGAGGAAGAGAAGGAUUUCGUCGGGGCCCGGGUUAAACCGUGA